AUGGACGAAUUUUUUGGCGGCAACAUGUGGCCAGAUUGCGGGAGUUUUCGCGGCCGCCCAGGUUUUCGCUUGACGGGUGCCAGUGGAACGUCAGGCAAAGGUGGGGUUGUCGAGCUCGUUGAAUGUGCACUAUUGGCCAUGGGUGCAUCGCCUUGCUCGAGGUGGCUGAAGCUUUCUUGCAGGGUGUGCUGCCAGUUGGACACAGGGCGAUCUUGUGACGGCGUGCUUGGGUCGUCGACGGGGUGGCCUUGCGUUGGCGCGGCAUUUGCUGUCUCCUUGGCUGGAUUUGGCACGGUCGUGGUAGUGGACGAAGCGGCUUGUCGUGGUGGUGCUGGUGACAUGUCGUUUGGAGCGACUGAUUCGUGCUCGUCGGCCAUGUGCUUCUCCUUGCUCUGUGGUCCAGUCGACGCGCCGCAUUUCGGUGCGGUGCUUAGCUUUCGCAGUGGUUUGGCUACUGUAGCUGCCGAGUGGCUCAGUGGGGCUGAGCCGAAACGAGGGGGCAGCUGUGGCUGA